UGACAGAGUUUAUCUUCAUAUCGAGGAAGGAAAAAGUCAACAUUUUUGUUCUACCUUAAUUGCGUCAAAUCGAGUCCAUGAAACACUUUUAAUUAAAGGAAAACUGUUGAUCGCUCAAAGCUAUAAAAAUUACAUGAAUUUAUUUUUACGAAAGUGACUUGUGUGUCAGUAUCAAACCAUCAAGAAAGUGGAAUUUAAAUGCGUCAAAAUGUUGAAAUACGAAUCGUGUCCUAGGGUUGGCGUUCAAAACAACUUAGAAUGGUGUAGGUCGGCUCAAACCUAUAAAAAAAUCCGCCCAGUUUCAAGUUUCCCCAAAUCCCGAGGUGGAUUGUCUCUCAUCGAAAGUUUUUUUUUCGACCCUGUGAGAUGCUGAUUACCUGGAAAGAUGCUAGUCAAUUAUCCACUUUAGUUUCACCCCCAGGAACCAAUGCAACCCUCAUCCAAGGGGAACCCCCGUGUUCCAAAUUCAUCACCUCUUCGGCCAUUCACGCCCCCGGAUUUGCAUUCAAUUCCGCAUAUGGAUGGUUCGCCUUUACCAAGUCCUCGUAACAAAACCGGCUCUGAAAAUAGCCAAAAUUCCGGACCCUACAUUGUCGGCAGUCCCAUCGAUUUAGGCGAAAUCGACAAUGUCGACAACAUCAGUCUGUCGCUCUCUCAUAAAAAUCCAAGAAAACCCCUCGAGAAGAUAAAAAACCAGGAGACUGAGAUUGCCCAACUGCGCUCGGAAAUCGAAGAAAGUCGAACCGAACACGAUAUGCCUCGAUCAGGAGAUGAGGAGCUUCCCCACGAGCAAGAAUUGGAGGAACGAGUCGUUUUUGUGAAUGUUCUUCACCAGCCAGCCAAAUAUCGAAACAAUCACAUCACCACCGCAAAGUAUUCUCUUCUGUCCUUUAUUCCUUCGUUUCUCUUCGAACAAUUUCGCCGAUACAGCAACUGCUUCUUCCUCUUUAUCGCUCUGAUGCAACAAAUCCCGGAUGUCUCUCCAACCGGGCGAUACACAACCCUCGUGCCUUUGAUUUUCAUCCUUUCUGUCUCGGCAAUCAAGGAAAUUGUCGAGGACAUCAAAAGACACCGAGCUGACGAUGAGAUUAAUAUGAGGGAAGUGGAAGUUUUACGAGAGGGAAGAUGGCAGUGGGUUGAGUGGAGAAAUGUGGCUGUUGGUGAUGUUGUCAAAGUACAGAACAAUACUUUCUUCCCCGCGGAUUUGAUUCUUCUUUCUUCCUCGGAACCCCAGGGAAUCUCGUUCAUCGAAACUGCAAAUCUCGACGGAGAAACAAAUCUGAAAAUCCGACAAGCUCAUACCGAAACUGCGAAUCUGUUGGACACCGCAGAGUUGAUGAACUUUCGGGCGAAUAUUCAGUGUGAGGCACCUAAUAGACAUCUCUACGAAUUCAAUGGUGUUCUGAGAGAGACCAACAAGCAGAGCAUACCUCUGGGUCCCGAUCAACUGUUGCUCCGAGGCGCGAUGCUACGAAAUACAAAGUGGGCUUUUGGAGUUGUCAUUUACACCGGACAUGACACGAAACUGAUGCAAAAUAAUACGAGCACUGCCCCGCUGAAGAGGUCCACCCUCGACAGAAUGACCAACACCCAAAUUCUGAUGCUAUUCUUCAUUUUGUUGUUCCUCUGUCUCCUCUCGGCGGUUUUCAAUGUCGUUUGGAUGAAGGCGAACAAGGACGGACUCUGGUAUUUGGGACUGAAUGAAGCAAUGUCGAAGAAUUUUGCAUUCAAUUUGCUCACCUUCAUCAUCCUGUUUAACAAUCUGAUCCCGAUUUCGCUCCAAGUGACGCUGGAGGUUGUCAGAUUUGUUCAGGCGACUUUUAUCAACAUGGACAUCGAAAUGUAUCAUCCCGAGUCGGACACGCCGGCGAUGGCGAGGACGAGUAAUUUGAACGAGGAACUGGGAAUGGUUGGAUAUGUGUUCACUGAUAAAACUGGAACUUUGACCAAGAAUAUAAUGGAAUUCAAGCGGUGUACUGUUUCGGGGAAGGUUUACGAUUUGCCCGAUGCGACUCCUCUCGGCGAGAACGGAAUUGUGCCAACUGGAUCCACUAAUGAAGCUUUAUCUAAUAAUGCAGGAUCGGCAAAUGUGGAGAGUCUGCUCGUGAAAGAUAUUCUCCAGGGGAGGAAAAGUAGCGAUAGAAAUCGCGCAAAGCAUGCAGCAAUUUUGCACGAAUUUAUGAUAAUGUUGUCUGCUUGUCAUACCGUUAUUCCGGAGAAGAUUGACGAUGAAAUUAUUUAUCAUGCGGCUUCGCCGGAUGAGCGAGCUUUGGUGGAUGGGGCCAGAAAAUUUGGGUAUAUUUUUGAUACUCGAACACCAUCUUAUGUCGAGAUUAUCGCUCUCGGCGAAAGACAGAGAUAUGAGGUUUUGAAUGUGAUUGAAUUCACUUCGGCGAGGAAGAGGAUGUCACUGAUUUUGAGGACGCCUGAGGGAAAGAUCAAGCUUUAUUGUAAAGGGGCCGAUUCUGUGAUUUAUGAAAGAUUGGCUACGACUCCUACGGGAGACAGUGACAUUGAACCGGAGGGAUUUGAUGACUUUAGAGAUAUUACGCUUGAGCAUUUGGAAUCGUUUGCUACUGAAGGAUUGAGGACACUGUGUUUUGCUGUUGCUGAUAUUCCUGAGAAUAGAUACCAGUGGUGGCGAGAGCUCUACCACAAGGCCGCGACCAGCAUGACCAAUCGAGAGUCAAAACUCGAGGACGCGGCAAACCUGAUUGAAAACAAACUGACCCUCCUCGGUGCAACCGCAAUCGAGGAUCAACUCCAAGACCAAGUACCCGAAACGAUUCAGGCUCUCAUCCAAGCCGACAUAAAAGUCUGGGUCCUGACAGGCGACAAGCAGGAAACCGCGAUCAAUAUCGGCUACUCCUGCAAGCUGAUAACCCACUCGAUGCCGCUGAUCAUCAUUAACGAGCCCUCGCUCGACAAGACCCGGGAGACGAUUGUCCAGCACUGUCACGACUUUGGACAGGACUUGAAACACCAGAACGACGUGGGCCUCGUCAUCGACGGCAAGAGUCUCAAGCACGCCCUCUCCUGCGACCUCAGACGCGACUUUGUCGAUCUCUGCACUUCCUGCAAGGUUGUCAUUUGCUGCCGAGUCUCGCCGAUGCAGAAAGCCGAGGUCGUCGAUCUGAUAACGACGAGCACUCACGCGGUCACUCUGGCCAUCGGGGACGGAGCGAAUGACGUGGCGAUGAUUCAGAAGGCGCACAUUGGUGUUGGCAUCUCGGGCGUUGAGGGUCUUCAAGCUGCCUGCGCCUCCGAUUACUCGAUUGCUCAGUUCCGCUUCCUGAAACGACUGCUCUUCGUCCAUGGCUCCUGGAACUACAGUCGAAUGUGCAAAUUGAUUUUGUACUCCUUCUACAAGAACAUCUGCCUCUAUGUGAUCGAGCUCUGGUUCGCGAUUUACUCCGGCUGGUCCGGGCAGAUCUUGUUCGAGAGAUGGUCAAUCGGAUUGUACAAUGUCGUCUUCACGGCAGCACCGCCCUUAGCAAUGGGACUUUUUGAUAAAGUCUGCUCGGCGGAGACACAUCUGGCUCAUCCCAGAUUGUACGCGACGAAAAACGACAGCGAAAGUGCUUUCAACAUCAAGGUCUUCUGGAUCUGGAUAAUCAAUGCCUUGAUCCACUCGUCCCUGCUUUACUGGUUGCCACUCUUGGCACUCAGGCAGGACGUGAUUUGGAUGAACGGGAGGGACGGAGGAUAUCUCGUUUUAGGAAAUAUUGUCUACACGUACGUGGUGGUUACGGUUUGCGGAAAAGCCGGCUUAAUCACGAAUUCUUGGACCUGGGUGACGCAUCUCGCCACCUGGGGAUCAAUUAUUCUCUGGUUUUUGUUCGUCCUGAUCUACAGCAACUUCUGGCCGACUUUCAAUGUCGGAGCGGUGAUGCUCGGCAAUGACCGGAUGUUGUACUCGUCGCCCGUCUUCUGGCUGGGUCUGGUACUGAUUCCGUCCGCGGUUUUGAUGCUCGAUGUCACGGUCAAAGCGGUCAAGAACACAAUGUGGAAAUCACUGGCGGAAGCGGCGCGGGAACAGGAGAUUAUCAAGUCGGACUUGAGGGACGUCUUUCAGAAUCAGGACUACAAGAGUUCGCUCACGGAGACGGCGAGGUUGUUGAAGAAUGUUAAGAACGUUUUUACGAGACGGCCUAAUGCUGCCUCGACGGCCAAUAUCGAGGUGGAAUUGUCACAUGGGUUUGCUUUCUCGCAAGAGGAAGGUGGAACUGUCACCCAGACGGAUGUUAUCAGAGCUUAUGAUACCAAUCUUCCGAAACCGGGAGGAAUGUAAAUUGUGGGGGGGGGGGACUUGUGUAAUAUGAGUGGUUGGAAACAAAUUUUGUUGGAAAUAUAAAAUGUAUGGAGCAAAAAAAAUAUUGUGGACAAGUACCAUUUCCUUAUCACUACAUUUUUUAUGAAAAUCAAAGAUAUAUAUUGAUACUCAUUUGUCCUUGAUGACAAAACGUAUUGUAUAUCCUCCUCCUCCUCCUCUUCAUCCUUCUCUUCCUCCUCCUUCUCUUCAUCCUCUCCCUCCUCCUCCUCAUAGAAUCAAUAAUGACAUUACACAAAUAGAUUUAAAUUUACUUAUAGGAGAAGUAUUUCUGGAUUUUCAUAAAACUUUAGUUGAAUGAUGAGGGCACCAGUGCGCAAAUAUUUGGGCCCCAGACGUUUUGAAUUUCCAAAAAUAAAAAUUAUCGACCACCCCUAGUAUUUAAUACAGUGCCCAUUUAAAAACUAAAUAUUUUUUUCGUUAAGUCCUUCCUUUUCCUAAUCUAUACAUUUUAGGAAAAUAAUUAAGCCCUAU